AUGCCAAAUGUACCACCACACAAGCGCAAAGCCCGUCCUCAGAAAGUGUGUCAACCAUGUCGUAUGCGCAAGGUCAAGUGCACAUACGAGUUCCCAUGCAAGACGUGUAUUGAGCGGGGACAUCCGGAACUCUGUGAAUAUCUCCCGGACCUACCAUCCAAACGCAUAUACUCUACCGCCCACCUGGAGGACGGAGAGCGAUUCAUCCCGUCCAAAGAACAAUGGACGGAAAUGGGCGACCGAAUCGCGGGGGUGGAGAACGUACUUCGUGAGCUGCGGGAUGGCUUACAUCGGCUUCAAGCUCAGCUCGGACACGGCAAGGCAGCGCCACUGGCAGCCACGGAUGCCGAUCAGGAUACAUCCUCUACCCACUCCGAUCGGACCGUUCUACAAGGUAUGUCGGCAAGUAAUGAGCUAGCCGGAGACUCGAUUUACCUUGGAGAAAAUUCGGUUCCGGCCAUGGUUGUUGCUCUCGUCAAAAAUACCAAUAUGGACAAGACCACCGCCGUUGAGGAGGUUCUGGGUAAGAGUAUCCUGCCGGUAUUCGGUCUGGACAAUGAGAGCGCAACUUAUCCAUUUGUCGACCUCUGGGGAAUACCGCACGGUUCCUUCAAGAGGAUCGAGUUAUUGUGCAAACUGCUGCCCACGACUGAUUCGGACUGCAUCCGGACGUUUCAACAAUACCGAGAUACGGCCCAUGUUAUCUUCCCGGGAAUCGUUGACAUUGCUCAAUUUGAAAGUGAUCUGCUUGAUUUUCUUCGGCAUCGCAGCUGGGAACCGCUAGCUGUACAGCCUGGUAACUUAGAUAACCAAACCGUAUACGGGCGGGACCUACACUGGCUUGGACUGCUUUUCGCAGCCCUGGCGUCUGGCGUCCAAUGCUCCGAUCUCCCGCGUAAGGAACGCCAAUUGAAAUCGCAGGUUUAUGUUUGCUGCGCAUAUGAGUGCCUUCGGAUCGUAAACUACCUCUCUCGCUCCACCCUUUCUGACCUCCAAAACUUAUUGGUUCUUGGGAACGUCAUCUCAAAUAACAUGAACGCGGGGGUUGCCUGGUCACUUCUUGGUCUGACGAUUCGUCUUGCCCAGAGUUUGGGUCUCCAUUACGAGGUUCCCGCAUCUGAUCCAUCCGCAAAUCAGACUGCGAAAAGCAGCAUCUGGUGGCAGAUUAUCUGGCAAGAUAGUCUAUUAUCCAUUACGUUUGAUAGGAGCUCUCAGGCAUCUAUAGCAGCCCACCUGAGCCAUCGUAAGACCACCUCUAAGUUGUCUUACAUCAACUUCAUGCGUCGGCUCUGCAAGAUGGGCCUAGACAUUGUCCAGCGCAGAACCGUUGCCAAGCCCACUCAGGCCAAAUUUCUCGAGAUCAUGGAGAUCCGCAACCAGAUCAAAGAAGACGAACAGCAUCUAGAACCCCAUCUCACUGACAUCGCCAACUGCCGGUCGAUGCGCGAGCAACUCGAGUUCUGGAACCUCUACCUCCAUCGCUCCUACAUCCUCUCCGAACUCUGUCGCCCCACCCUCAACCGUCACAAAGUUCCCUACCAGCAAGAGGAGCUCGCUCGCUCCCUACACACUCUCUGCGUGGAGAGCCUGACCAACACCGUCGACGCCUUCCUCGGACUGCAGAACAUCACCUCCUUCGCAACGCAGUCCUGGGCCGCCGUGCACCGCUCACUCAGCUGCGCCUUGCUUCUCGGCAUCCUCGGCGAGGCGUCCCGUAGCAAUCGGGUCCGCAAUCUCGUCGGCCGGCUCACCACCGUCAUGUCCCACGUGGUGUCGAGCGUCGAUCGGAGCGAGCUGUCGACCCCGCUGGCGCGGUCGAUGGCGGCGUUGGUGAAGUUGAGUGCGGAGCCGCCGCCGGCGGAGAACGAGCCGUCGCAGAUGACGUUGGCGUUCGAGGAUUGGAAUGAGGCGGACGAUUUGAUGUCGGGGGUGGCGAGGGCGGGGAAUAUGGAUUCGCCAUUGCCGCAUUCCUCGAAGUCGUCGUCGAGUAGCGAGACAUCGCCGUAUUCAGUCCUGAAUUCGAUCAUGUGGGGACCGCUCGAUAUGCUGCCUCUUGGUUGA